AUUCUUUCAAAACUGAUUCUGAAAAGAAACUUGAGGAGGAAAGAGCUAUUAUGGAAGCUAUUGUUCAACAAAAGCUUUUAGCAUCAGAUCGAGAACUCGUGAAAGGAAUUAUUUAUACUAAACUAAUAAAAAUGAUAUUAGCUGGAAGAGACAUGAAUGGAAUUACAUUUACAGGAUCUGAUAAAAUCUUGGCUUUUUCUCUAUCAUUGUUGAUGUUUGCUUUGAAAGAAGAAUAUAAAUUACCAUUAUUAAAAGAGAAGGUAAAAUAUGUGAAGCAGGAAGCGAAGAUUGUGUAUCUCUUAGAAUGUUUACAAAUGAUGCCACCACCUAUACUUAUUUUUGCAAAGAAUAAAAAUGAUGUGGACGAUAUUCAUGAAUAUCUAUUGGUAAAAGGAGUUGAGGCUGUAGCUAUCCACGGAGCAUUUAAAGAAUACAAAAAAAAUGUUUUGGUUGUUUCUGAUGUUGCUUCAAAAUGUUUAGAUUUUUUGGAUAUUCAAUAUGUUAUAAACUAUGAUAUGCUGAAGAAAUUGAAAAUUAUG